AUGACCGAAUACGAGAAACGUCGUCGACGUCCCCCCGUCUCCUGCACACUUUGCAGGAAGAGGAAGAUUCGAUGUAAUAAGGAAGCGCCAUGCAGUAACUGCAUUCGUUCAAAGGUGCCCGAUGGCACUUGUGUAUAUGAUAACCCGAACUCAACGCCCACGCGUCGACAACCCGAAUCGAACCUUCAGCCCACUCAAGCCCAGCAGCCUAUACUGGCACCCAAGUCAGCUUCUGUUGUUCAGACCACUGAGAGAGACUCCAGCAUACCGGGCCAACUCGACCCUGUGACAGAAUCCGGCGCCACCUUGUCCAAUGAUGAUGAUGUCGCAAAGUCGACGAUGCCACCCACAAGGGUGACAUCUCCCAGCCAGUCAAGUAGAGACACAACAAAAACCAGGAUUGCCCAGCUCGAGGAAGAGAUUCUCCGAUUAAAACGACUGGGAAGUGAAGACCUCUCCAUUACUUCAAUUUCAAAUCCGAGCCCUGUCUACCAAAAGAAUAUCAUCGAAGAGGCUGCGGUAGCUUCCAAAGGUUUAGCUUCUAUAUCAGAGUUUAGGAGCGAAAUAUUCGGCGAAGCACGGUUUACGAGCCGUUACAUAAUGCAUAAGCGUCGCUUAUUUGGACAGAGUCAUUGGGGUAGUUGCCUAGUGUUGUUUCGUGAUCUCUUUGAAGUAUUUGAAGGCCAAGACCCUUUGGGAAUUCCUCCAGACAUCUCCGCUGGAAUUAACAAAUGCAAAGAGUAUGCUAGAACCAUCAAGGCUAAUCAAGCUGCUCCUUGGCCAUCGCUGCCAACCCCGGACGUCCCUCCUCGUGACGUUUGCGAUAAGCUCAUUGACUGCUAUUUACGGACCACAGAGAGCGUAUACCGCGUUAUUCAUAUACCUUCGUUCAUGAAAGAUUACAAUGCGUUUUGGGAGUCGAGGACCGAACCCUGCAUGAACACCAUUGUCCCCUUGAAGCUUAUGAUGGCCAUUGGCGCUACCGCCUUCGAUCGUAAUUUCUCCCUGCGUUCAACAGCCGUUCGGUGGAUUCACCAAGCGGAAGCUUGGCUUUGCCGACCGGAUUACAAAGCUCGUAUCAAUCUUGGUACCAUACAGUGCCAAAUCUUACUCACCUUUGCGCGCGAAGUCGUCGGUCUUGCCUGGAGCCACACAUGGCUGUCCAUUGGAGAUCUUCUUCGCACAGCAAUUUAUAUGGGUCUGCACCGUGACCCUUCAAAGAUGCCACGUCGAACACUUCUGGCCUCCGAGCUACGCCGCCGAAUUUGGAACACGAUACUAGAGUUGGUAGUGCGCACAAGCCUUACCGCAGGAGGCCCUCCUCUUCUUUCGCUCGAUGACUUUGACACGCUUCCUCCGGGAAACUUCAACGACGACCAACUCAUGGAUGAUGAUUCCCAAUCAAAGCCACAGGAAGAGUUUACGCAAUCGUCUAUAUCUAGGGUGAUGCGGUCCACUUUCCCUGCCCGGCUGACUAUUGCUAAGUUCCUGAAUGACUUGGGCGGGAAGAGCACGUACCCUAAUAUGCUGCAACUCGAGAAUGAGCUACGGAGUGUCCAAAAAGCCACGAGACACAUUAUCCAAGCCUGGCAAUCAAAGAAAACAUCAAGUUCUCUUUCUCCCUCCUCAUUCCAACUUUCCUACCUAGAUAUGAGUUUCCGCCGUUUCCUUUUGUCUCUCCACGUGCCUUGGUUUGGUCCCUCUCUUCAGGAUCCAACGUAUGCAUACACGAGGAGAGUCGCAGUCGAUACCAGCAUCGCUUUGUGGAGAAUCACAGAUGAAGGGGGCGCAUUAUCCACCGAUGCUUCGUAUACCGAUUUCGUGAUCACGUCCGCCUACCGGACAGGCUUUCUUCACGCAGGAAUCACCCAAGCUGCCCAUAUACAACUUGCGGAAAUUAGCUCCCAGUUGAGAGAACACGAUGAAGGGAUUUUAUGGACUCCAAUCAAUUCCGACCUGUUACCUGCCUUGGAGGGGGCAAGCGAAUGGGCAUUCCGGGUUUUGAGAGAUGGUGAAACAAACAUCAAGGGUUAUCUCGUCAUGGUGCUAGUUUCCUCACAGAUCAAGGCCGCCUUGGAGGGCACUACUGCCGAUGGAAUGCCUGAUGUAGUCACUAGAGCCGCCAGCGAAGCAAAAGACAGGUGCCUUUCUUUGCUUGAAGACGAGGUCGUGCGUUCACGUACAGAGAGGAUGUUGUCAGAAACACCACCUGCCGUUCCAGCAGAAGCCUGCCUGGAGGAUUGGGACCUGACGAUCCCCGAUACCGACUUCUCUACAACUCCUGGGUUUGAUCCGGUGGCUUGGAUAUUCGACGGUUCAAUCUUGCAAGGGCCUCAAUUCUGUUCAACUCUGUAUCAAUGA